CUCGCGCAGGCGCGCGUGGAUGUUCGAAGAAGGCGUAGGAAGCGGGCCAGGGAGGUUGAUGAUGGCUGCGACGGCACGUUGGGAGGUGGUUCGGAAGCCUCGCAGGGGAGCGGCCGGUGGCGGCGGCGGCGGCGGCUCUAUGGGAAGAAAGGCGCUUGGAGACGCCAACGGAGGACGCGGUCUGGCCUCGCCCAGUCCUCUUGCCACUUCAGAAACUCUCUUUGAACUUGGCUUUGAGAAAUCAACAAAGAAGCAGAAUAAAGAACAGGUGCCUCCACCACCUGGACGCCAGCAGCAAAAAAAGCAAAACCCUGGAAAAAAUGCUAAGAAAGGUACAGCUGGAGACAGUGGACAGAACAAGCAAAUCAAAAACCGGACUCUGGAGGAUGCAUUGAAAACAUUGGAUUUAUCAGAACUCCAGAGAGAGCUUGAUAAAAGCUUGAACUUGUUCCCAGAGAACCCUUCGGUGUGGGUCAAAGAUCUAGCUGGAUAUUUGAACUACAAGUUGCAGGCCGUGAAGAGUGAGCCCACCCUCAGUCAGCACCCUCAUGACUAUCCCUACUGUCUGGUAAAUAAAGAACUAAAGAGCAUUAUCAAGUCCCUGCUGUUGAAAGCUGGAGGUGUCCUGGAGCUUUUCUUUGACCAUUGUAUUUACACAAUGUUGCAAGAGUUGGACAAAUCUCCUGGGGAGUCACUGCACAGCUAUAGGAUCUGCAUACAGGCUAUAUUACUGGACAAACCUAAAGUUGCUACAGCAAACUUGAGCAAGUAUCUUGAACUGUUGAGAUCCCACCAGAAUCGACCAGCCAAAUGUCUCACCAUUAUGUGGGCCUUGGGGCAAGCUGGUUUUGCUGACCUUACAGAAGGGCUUAAAGUGUGGCUUGGCAUCAUGCUUCCGGUUCUGGGCAUCAAAUCGCUCUCUCCAUAUGCCAUCAGUUAUUUGGAUCGGCUGCUGAUGAUGCAUCCUAAUUUGACAAAAGGGUUUGGGAUGAUAGGGCCCAAAGACUUCUUCCCUCUUUUGGAUUUUGCAUUCAUGCCCAACAACUCUUUAUCCUCCAGUUUACAGGAGCAGCUCCGGCAAUUGUAUCCCCGCCUGAAAGUGUUGGCCUUUGGUGCUAAUCCUGAAACUUCCCUGCAUACUUAUUUCCCUUCCUUCCUCUCCAGGACCAUGCCCAGUUGUCCCAGUGACAUGAAGAAAGAGCUCCUGAACUGUUUGACCGAGUGCCUCAAUCUUGAUCCCCUCAGUUUCAAUGUGUGGAGACAAUUAUACAUCAAACACCUCCCACAGUCAAGCUUGCUCCUGAAUUACUUUUUGGAGACCUGGGGCAAAGCUACAAAAAAGGUGCGAAAAUCUUUACAGGAAACAGUUCAUUCAUUCAGUGUCACAAAUGAAGAGCUGGCUAUGAAAGGAUUAAGCAAUGUUCAGGAUGUAGCAGCUUGUACAGCUGCAUGCAAGAACCUGCUGCUCAAGAUGAAAGCCAGUGGGUUUCGUUGGCCAUGGCUGAUUUUAAUCCUCCUUAUAGUUAGUGCUGGAUUUCUGACAUAUGAUAUCAAGACUCAUGGCUCCUUCCAAGCUUCUGCCUCUGUACAUGUCCUUCGUUCUUCUGGGAUCCUGUCUGCAACUGAGCAAGCCUGGAACAAAGUUUCCCAUUUCUCUAUAAAAGGAUACAGCUGGCUAGAAGCAAAUGUACCAAUCUACUACUCCCAAGUGGCAACAGUGCUCGGACCCAAUUUGGAGCUGGCCUGGACCAAGACAAAUGAAACUGCUAUCUACAUCUCGGGGAAAUGCUCUGCUCAUUUAGCCUGGCUCAGCAACAACCUCCUUAGGCUCAGUGAAUGGCUUCAGACACAGCUGCCAGAUUCUGUGCUGCAUGCUGUUGAAUACCUCAGAGAAUUACUGCUGUUCCUCAUGCGAAACUGCUUUCUGCCUGCUGUGGACUAUAUUGCUGGGUCAUUGGACGGAGCCUGGAAAAUGUGGUUAGCUUUCUGCAAUGAUGAAGGGUCCUGGACCUGCUUGAAAAUUCAUCUGACUAACCUCAUCCAAUCUUCUUGGACAUACCUGCAGGAUACAACUGUGGCCAUUAAGGACUGGGCUGUUUCCAUCAUCUCUAGGCACUAGCAGUGAUCCUAGGCUCAGAAGCUGAAAAUGAAGUCUAGGCUACUGUUCUCUGGAUGGCUAAAGCAGGAUGUACCAAUUUGCUUAUUCUUUAGUCUGACCAUCAAAACAAAGAACAGCACAACUUUGACUUGUUGCAGAAGCCCAGAGCUUCCCAGACCAGAUGUCUCCAAGCUCCCAAUUUGCUGUGCUGUCAGGCUUGUUCUCAGCUGAGCUCUCAGGCAGCUGUUGGCAGGCUGUUUCCUUGAUAUGACUGCUCCAGGCUACAAUGGUAAUAACAGUCUUUAAGAGAGCAAGGUGUAUCCCAGCAAUGGUUUUGGAAAAGCACUUCCUCUUUCAGUAAUAUCUCAAAUAAAUUGGUUCCUGGGUCAGUGACUUUCUACCACUUUAUACAUGGAGCUCUUCCUUUUAUUCUUAGCUAAAUGUGCCCCCUGAGGUUUUGAGCCAGUUGUACAGUCUGGUUCACAUACUGAAUGCUACCUUAUUGGUUUACUUCCCAUCUUUAUUGGAUCUGAGAUGUUUCUGGUACAUUUCCCAAGGUUGUACUAUUACCACUUCUCAAAGCAAUUAAUACGUUAAUUUCUUUAUACCAAAAGCAAAGGCUUUUCCCCCAAAAUGUGUUUGUCUUAUUGUAUUGUGGAACAGAUAAUGCAAACGGGGGUGGGUUCUUCACUUUGGAAUACACAUCUACUGAUGUGGAGGGAGUGGGACUUCUCUUGGGAGCCACAUUCCUCUGAGAAUAAUGUGUAACAGUCUGAAAUGGAUGGAACUUUAGACCUAGAAAUGAACAUGGGCGGGCCACUUGUUAUCUUCUGACAACACUUAACUUCUUUCUUUGUGUCUCUAUCCCUAUUCCCAAACAAGACAGAUUAUUCUUGCAAGAAAUCUGGACGAGGUACAGUAAAUCAUUCAACUGAGGUCUGAAUUCUGAGGUGUAUGGAGGCUGAGGGCCAGAUAUUCUUCACCUCCUGGUCUUAGUUGAAACAAAAAAAGAAGAAGAGAUAGAUAAGCUAGGUCAGUCUCCCAGCCAGCCUAUGAGUGGCAUUUUGUUAUGCUCACUACUUCCCCAAUGCUUGGUUUUGCUGUAGUCUCUUCAACAAAGUCAGUGGCUUGGAAAUGCCAUUUUAGUUUUGAAGCAGGAUCUAUCCUAUACACCCUACCAUGCCCUAAAUAUCUUGAGGAGCCAUUGGCUCUCUUUCAGCUGAGAGGUUUGAUAUAUCUGAAUGUGUGAAAGUAUGCAAUGUGGAAAUAAUAGGUUAGAGAUUGGUUCUUUUUGGCCUGCUGC